AUGGUCGAUGCUUCUGACUUAGCUAUUGGAGGCGUCCUUCAUACUACUACAUCCAAUGGUCAAAAACCACUUGCAUUUUAUUCGCGGAAACUUUCACCUUCAGAACGUAAAUAUAGUACGUAUGAUAAGGAACUUUUGGCGAUAUAUAUCAGAACAACUCCUUAUCACCCAUCUAGCAAUGGAAUUGUUGAGCGAUUUCAUCGUUCUUUAAAGCAAAGUCUCAGAUGUCACGCACCCACAAAAUGGACUGAAUCAAUUCCACUUGUUUUACUUGGACUCCGAACGGCAUUAAAGGAGGAUCUGCGGUGCACAUCAGCAGAAUUGGUUUAUGGCUCAACACUGAGACUACCUACGGAAUUUUUUGAGACCCCUUCACUUAACGUCGAACCUCACGAUUUUUUAAGAAAUUUACGAACUGUGAUGGAGCAACUGAAACCUGCACCAGCUGCAUCUCACGAUAAUAAAAAAGUAUUUAUACAUCCGGCUUUAGAGUCUUGCAGUCAUGUGUUCGUGCGCCACGACGCAAUUAAGAAACCCGUGCAAGCACCAUAUGAUGGCCCUUACUGUGUACUCAGACGUACUGAUAAAACUUUUACAAUUGAGAAGAACGGUAAAGAAUCCACGAUCAGCAUUGAUCGUGUGAAGUCUGCGUUCUUCGAAAAUUAUCAUCAGUCACCUGCACCAAUCAUAUCACCACCAUCAGCCGCAGUUCCAUCUUCAAAGCAGUCAGUACUUGAACCUUCUUUGUCGACUCCUGAGUUACCUUCGAAUACUGCUCCACCACCUUGUGUAACCAGAUCUGGCCGUCGUGUACGCUCUAAUCCUCGUUAUCUCUAA